AUGCGCGCCACCAUUUCCGCAAUUCUGGCAGCUCUGCUGCUUGGCCAGGUCAACGCAGCCGGUGUCACCGGUACUGCCUUUGGCUUCGCCUCGGGCACCACUGGUGGAGGCAAUGCCGCGGCUGCGACUCCUUCCAGCCUUGCGCAGCUCAAGGAAUGGAUCACCGACGAUGUCGCGCGCACCAUCAUGAUCGACCGUGAAUGGGACUUCACCGGCACCGAGGGCACCACCACUGGACAAUGCUGCAGCACCCGCACCACGACUUGUUCGGGUGGCACCUCCAAGGGUCAAGCCUGGAUUCAGACCAGCUGCGACGACGGCAUCUGGAUUAGCUGCACCUACGACAAUGCGGCCAAGUCACCCUUGGAUGUGGGCAGCAACAAGAGCAUCGUCGGCGUGGGAAGCAAGGGUGUGUUGAAGGGCAAGGGUCUGCGUGUCCGCGGGGGUAACUCCAACGUUAUCGUCCAAAACAUUCACAUCACGGAUCUGAACCCCCAGUACGUCUGGGGUGGUGACGCCAUCACUCUCGACGGCGCCGACAAGGUCUGGAUUGACCACAACAAGUUCUCCCUCAUCGGCCGCCAGAUGAUUGUCAGUGGCUGGGGCAAGGCUGGCCACGUCACCAUCUCGAACAACGAGUUCGACGGUGUGACCGAGUGGUCUGCCGGCUGCAACGGCAAGCACUACUGGACUCUGCUGCUCAUCGGUUCGGAGGACUACUACACUUUCGCCGGAAACUGGCUGCACGACGUCUCCGGCCGCGCACCGCACAUGGGCACCGACUACGAUGCCUCCAAGAUCUACUUCCACGGUGUCAACAACUACUUCCAGAACAUUGGCGGCCACUCGUUCGACGUUGACACCAACACCUGGGUCUUGCUGGAGGGCAACUACUUCGAUUCCGUGACCACCCCCAUGACUCCUAAUUCCUUGACCAAGGGCGGCCAGCUGUACACCACCUCCACCGUGUCCGCUGCCAGUGGUUGCACUUCGAAGCUGGGAUACAUCUGCGAGUGGAACCGCGAGAAUGGCUCGGGCUCGUGGCCCGAUCGCACCGAUAGCACCGUGCUGAGCGCCUUCGCCAACUACAAGCAGUACCUCAUCGGACACACUGGCGUGGCUGAUGUGCCCGCCAACGUGACUGCCAACGCCGGUGUUGGCAAGUUGUAA